AUGACAACAAUUCUAGCUUCUAACUAUGGCCUUGCUUGUAGGCAGAGAAAAAGUGAUGAGGGUUUGAAAGCAUACCCGAUGCAUCAAAUUAAGUAUGAUGCAGAGCUUUUAGAAAAGCUUAAGCAGCAGUCUAUAUUCCACUAUUUUGACCAAAGUGAGCGAGAAACAGACCCAACUUGGCUCGUUAAUGAUGGAAUACUUUUAGAAGAUUUGAAGCAAGUUGAAUCGGUAAAAGUUUGUCGGAGGACAUCUCUACCCACACAAACGAUUCUCAAAGGCCAAGAGCAUCAAUCAUUGAGUAUGAUGGAUAAAAUAUUGCGUAGGACAGCUUCUACUUCACACUUAGCUAAAAUGAGAUGGAAAAAUGCUGUACACCAUCCUUGGAAUCUCGAUAUAGACAAGGCCAAUGAUAGCAAAGAAUUUAAAAAGGAGCAAAGUGAAAUGCUGCUUGAAAGCACAGAGGAGUAUCCCAGUGAAGAAAUUAACGAGUAUGAUAGGCAAAUAAAGAACGUGGAACAGAAAAUUUCAUCUAAAGUCAGCUCAGAGCUUAAUCCUUCAAUUGAUUUUAUUGAUGGAGAUAAAACAUUUUUAACAAAUGAUACUGAUAUUGAUAGAACCAUUACAAAGAAAAUAGAAAACUCAACUCCGCAAACACUUUCGAAUUCAAGAAUCUACCUAAGACCUAUGGACGAUAGGUUUGAAAAUAUUAAUAUAGAAACUGGAAACAAACUUUAUUCUUGCACAGAUCAUAAAGAUAACAGUACCAGACGCUCUCUGAUUGAAUCUAAUCCUAAUUUUUUUGUCUUGGAAACGCCUAACAUGGAGUUAAUUAAGACGAAAAUAGCACAGAGUCAACCACAAAAGCAGAUGCGACAAAAACAGCAUGGUCCUCUUCUGACACUCGAUUCUGGCUACUAUUCCCAAGAACCAAGCGAGUCAUUUUCUGCCUCUUCUUUUCAAAAGUCUUUGUCAUUACAGUUUUCGAGAGACCUUGGCUGCCCGUCACUACUGUGUCUGAUGCAUGAAUCGGAAACAGAAUCAUCGUUAUCUGAUAGCAUUCCAAACCAAAUCACAAAAGAGGCCUCUGGUUCUAAAGAUGUUGCGGAAGAUAUGCCGCGGCUAGUGGGACGUAAAACUAUAUGUAAUCAAAAUAUUUUAGAGGAGAAAAAUUAUUCUUAUCACCAGGAGGAAGUGACAUCUUUUAAAAAACAAAAUUCCUCUUUAUCGGCCGAACAACCGCGAUUCUGUCGACCACCUUCCAUUCGGCGCAAGGAAGCCAUAAUUUCUCUGUCGAUCCAAAGUGAGACUUAUCUGCAAGGUUCGGAUAGCAUGAACACUCAAGGGUCGAGCACAAAGACUACAGCCUUGAGCCUCGAACCUAUCAUUACGGGAAAAGAAACACUUGCCCCAACCAAUUCAAUUAAUCCGUCAAAAAGUCUAACAGGCCUCAAGCCUAUGGCCAGAUUCGUGACAAGUUUAACACCGAUUCCCUGCUCACCCACACAACGUAGAAGAGAGAUUGAACAAGAAGUUGCGGAAAGUCUGCAGCUAAAGUCUCUAGAAAAUGAAAUUCAUCCUUCAAAAAGGAUAAGUGCCAUGGAGGACAAAAAUGAAAAGUUACUUUACAGAAAGAGACAAAAAGAGUUUGAGAACAAAAUGGCGUUGCCGGAAGCCUCAGAAGUUGCAUAUUCCUCUAGAAGAAAUGAAUGUCUAACACGGUUAGAAAUCCACUUAUCUUAUUUUAUAUAA